GUAUACACUAUUUCCUACCUGAACAUCGCUGUAUAUACCACUCGCCGUUCGCUCACGUCGUAAUAUAGCGCGUUACACGGUCGUCUGGCUUUGGAUUUUAAUUAAACACACGACGUGCUCUCUCAUGCGUGUGCAUGUGUAAAACGUCGGGCAAUUAUGUUAUUGGUAUUCAUUACCUACCGCGGCCGUGCGUUGUUUGAUGUUCACUGGACGAAAACGCGAAUGGCAGAGGCGAACAGACGUUGCCAUAGGGACCGCCGCGAGUUUUCCGGAUAAACAAUAAAAAAAUUAAAAAAAAAAAAAACAGUCGCCGACGGCGGUCGAGGAGGGGGCCCCCGGGCUCGAUCGAGUUCAGCAGCAGCAGCAGCAGCAGCAGCAGCAGCAGCAGCAGCAGCAGCUCUUGUACACGUCCUCGGCUGCACCACUCGAGGGAGGCCUGUCGGAGGAAUGCGACUGUCCGGGUUCAGGUACACCCUGGUGCUGGUCGUCCAGCUGGCGCUGCUCGCCGUCGACCUGUUGUUCAACACGUUCAUCCACCGGUACCUGGCCAACACGGGCAUUUCCAUUUUGCUCUUCGUGCUCCAGGACAUCGGUCAGCUGGUCGCCAUCGCCGUGUUGCUCAUCACGUUCUUCCAGACCAACAUAUUUCAGGCCGGUUUCAUUGUGCUGCUGUUCAACGAGUUCCGGUCGACCAUCAUCACCGGCGUCGGUUAUUUCAUACUAACCCUAUUCGUGCAGGUGUGGACUCUUACGAACCGUUUCAAGGGCCAGGUGUAUUUCUACUGGCCGGACGGGCUUUACGUGUUUUUUGUCCUGCACAAGUUCACUUCAUGUUUGCAUUACUACUUGUACAAAAGAACAGCCCUAUGUAUAUCAGAUCCCAAAUUUUACACCGAUGAAUGGAUAAACCAUCGUAUAAAUCAAGAAUCAGAUCAGAGAAGUCCGAAGUAUUGAUGAAUGAUGAAAUUUUAUGAGUGUAGUAUAUUGUUAAGAUAGGAAAUCAACAAUAAAUUAUGAUACAAUAUUGAUCAUAAACGGUUGGCAACUAAUCAAAAUCACAUC